AUGAGGGCAGGGGAGCCUGGUGUGCGAGCCAAUCCUCCUGACAUCUCAGAAGCUGCUCGGAGAGGUGGUUUGGGCUCCUUUCAGGAGCGGACUCUCCAGGCGGAAGCCAGCUCUCCCCUGCUACCUCUACCGUCCACACUGAUUCGAGAAGAGGACAAGAGCCCUCCUCCAUCCUCCCCACCUCCCUUGUUCUCCGUCAUCCCCGGGGGCUUCAUCAAGCAGCUAGUUCGAGAGACAGAGAAAGAGUCCAAAGAAGCCAGGCGGAGGAAGGAGGCGGCACUCACCUCCCCAGAAGUAGAGACCCCAGCAGUUCCCACUAACCAAACCAACAAGACCAACAAUGUCCCCAAGCCUGGAAGCCAACAGACUUCCCAGGACAACUCCUCCACCGCUCAGAACAGUGUAGACAUUCCAGGCAAGGAGCCCCCGGGGGCUGGUGACAAGAACUCCACACCUGUGACCAGCACCAGUGCGGAGAGGCCUCAGGAGUCAGGUCCCACAGGAACACCCGCCAAAAGGACACUGCCCUUCAAGAGGGGCGUGAGGAGGGGUGAUGUGUUGCUCAUGGUGGCCAAGCUGGAUCCAGAGCUGGCCAAGGCAGACCAGAAGGUCCAACCUCAUGAUGGACCCAUGGACAAGACCCCAGCUCCAGCCAAAGACUCUGGAGGCACAAAGAAAGGAAUGACCGCAGGGACUUCCUGUGACCCCCAGGCCUCCGUGCCUGAGAAGACCAGGACUAGGGGUGUUGGAGAUACAAGCCAAAGCACAAAAGGUGGGAAGUGUCAGGGCACAGAGGGCAAGGGGAGCCGGGACCCCCAGACCAACAGGCACAAAGAAGGGAAGUGUCAGAACACAGAGGAGCAGGGGACCAGGUCCCAAGCUCAGGAGGCAGGAAACAAGGGACAACCGGGAACAGCAGAGAAAGAUGGAGGAGGUCCCCCAAAGAAGAUGGGAAAAGAGGACAGGCCCAAGAUUGCAGCGGCUGAAGUGAGACCCGUGGAGCCCCCAGUCCCCCUGAGGAAGUCAGGAAGUUCCUUGAGCCGGAGAAGCAAGUGGGACAGUCCUCAAAGCAAGAACAGCAUAACAGAAUCGCAUGGUAAGGAUGAGAAGACCGGUGACUUGCAAAGUUCAGCGGCAGCCAGGAGCCGUGGGCAGCCAGCGGAGCCCACGGGGCAGUCAGCGGAGCCCACGGGGCAGCAGCAGGAGGCUCCUGCGAAGAUGGAAAAGGUGGGGAGACCUCAGAAGAAGCUGGUGACACCAGGGAAACCCCGGGAGCUCCCUGGGGUGGCAGCAGAGACUCAGAGUCUUAAAGAAAGCUGCAAGGUCCCAGAUGGGAUUCCUACAGCAGGGAUAUCAGCAGAGGCUGCAAAGAGGGAGGGCCCGCCGGAGAGCAGGGUGCAGGGAGCCAAUGAGUCCCGAGUGCGCACAGAGGAUGAAGUGGAUGUGGUGGAGCCUCAGGCAGGCCACUCAGAGCCUGUUCCCGAGACUGGCAUGGAAAGACUUUCUAUGCAGAGGCCUAUGGAAGAGAAGCAGACCCUGCAGGAUCCAGACAGAGGGGGCCAGAGUGGAGAUUCCGACCAGGCUUACGAGGAUAGAUGGUACGAGGCACAAAAAGUCUGGCUGGUGCAAAAGGAUGGGUUCACACUUGCAACGGUGCUUAAACCAGACGAGGGGACAGCUGACCUGCCCGCUGGAAGGGUGCGGCUCUGUGUCGAUGCGGACAGGACUGUCACCGAAGUGGAUGAGGAGCAGAUCCACCCGGCCAACCCCUCUGAGCUGGACCAAGCUGAGGACCUGGCUUCUCUGGUCAGCGUCAAUGAGUCAAGUGUGCUGAACACGCUUCUGCAGCGUUACCGGGCUCAGCUGCCACACACGUGCUCCGGGCCUGAUCUGAUCGCCCUGCAGCCCUGGAUGACCACAGCGCCCUCUUCAGGGAAGGUACCCCGAGGCCACCAGGAUGGCCUGCCUGCCCAUGUAACGUCCCUGGCCCAGCGCGCGUACUGGGCACUGUUGAGCCAGCGGAGAGACCAGAGCAUCGUGGCACUGGGCCGGAGUGGAGCCGGGAAGACCACCUGCUGUGAGCAGGUUCUGGAGCACCUGGUGGGCAUGGCAGGCAGCGUGGACGGCAGGGUGUCAGUGGAGAAGCUCCGGGCCACCUUCACUGUCCUCCGGGCCUUUGGCUGCGUGUCCACUGGCCACAGCCGUAGGGCCACCCGCUUUGCCAUGGUGACGUCGUUGGACUUCAAUGCCACCGGCCGAGUCACAUCCGCUCAGCUACAGACGAUGCUUCUGGAGAACAGCCGCGUGGCCCGGCAGCCGCAAGGGGAAGGGAACUUUGAAGUUUUCUCUCAGCUGCUGGCUGGGCUGGAUGUAGACCUCAGGACGGAGCUGAACCUGCACCAGAUGGCGGAAAGCAGUGUCUUCGGCAUGGGUCUAUGGUCCAAGCCGGAAGACAAGCAGAAGGCAGCCGCAGCGUUUUCCAGGCUCCGGGGUGCCAUGGAGCUGCUGGGCAUCUCGGAGGGGGAGCAGCAAGCCAUCUGGCGGGUGCUGGCGGCCAUCUACCACCUGGGUGCGGCAGGGGCGUGCAAAGUGGGCCGGAAGCAGUUCAUGCGGUUCGAGUGGGCCAACCACGCCGCUGAAGCCCUGGGCUGCGACUACGAGGAACUGAACACCGCCACCUUCAAGCACCACCUCCGGCAGAUUAUCCAGCAGAUGACGUCAGGGCCGCGGCGCCAGGGCCAGCAGGACAACGAAGCCUGCGCAGGGCUGAAGAUGACAGGUGUGGAGUGUGUGGAGGGGAUGGCCUCUGGCCUGUACCAAGAACUCUUCGCAGCUGUGGUCUCCCUCAUCAACAGAUCCUUCUCCUCCCACCAUCUCUCUAUGGCUUCCAUCAUGGUGGUCGACACUCCAGGCUUUCAAAAUCCUCGGCACCAGGGCAAGGACCGGGCGGCCACCUUCCAGGAGCUGUGUUACAAUUAUGCCCAGGAACGUCUGCAGCUGCUGUUCUACCACAGGACCUUUGUCUCUACUCUGGAGAGAUACAAAGAGGAAGGCAUUCCUGUGCCCUUUGACCUCCCAGAGUCCUCCCCGGGAACUACAGUGGCUGUAGUGGAUCAGAACCCCUCUCAGGUCCACUUACCAGCUGGAAGAGGUACUGAGGAUGCUGGAGGCCUCUUCUGGGUCUUGGAUGAAGAAGUCCGAGUGGAAGGCUCCAGUGACAGUGUUGUACUUGAGCGCCUGCGCGCAGCCUUUGAGAAGAAGGAGGCCGGGACUGAAGAACGCCCCUCGAUGCGGACCUGCGAGCAGCCCCUUCAGUGUGAGCUUUUCCACCAGCUGGGAAGGGACCCUGUGCGCUAUGACCUCACAGGCUGGCUUCAAAGAGCCAAGCCCAACCUCUCAGCCCUGGAGGCCCCGCAGGUCCUGCACCAGUCAAAAAGGGAGGAGCUGCAGAGCCUCUUCCAGGCCCGGGCCAAGCUACCUCCUGUGUGCCGAGCAGUGGCCGGACUUGACGGUACCUCCCAGCAGGCUCUGCACCGGAGUCGCCUGGUGCGGAGAGCCUUUGCCAGCAGUCUUGCCGCGGUGAAGAGGAAGGCUCCUUGUGCCCAAAUCAAGCUGCAGAUGGAUGCUCUCAUCAGCUUGCUGAGGAGGUCUCGGCUGCAUUUCAUCCACUGUCUUGUGCCAACCGCACCGAAAAGCAAGGCUGGGCAAAGGAGUCCAUCACCAUCACAGCCCAGUGGGGACCAAGGUGUAGCCAAUGAGCCUCCUGCUCUGGACAUCCCAGCACUGAGGGUUCAGCUCGCAGGCUCUCAUAUCCUGGAGGCAUUACGACUGCACAGGGCAGGUUACGCUGAACACAUGGGGCUCGCUCAGUUCCGCCGUCGGUUCCAGGUGCUGGACCCUGCACUGCAGAAGAAGCUUGACUUGGUCUCCGAGGGACUGGAUGAAAGGAAGGCAGUAGAGGAACUCUUGCAGACCCUGGAUCUGGAGAAGAAAGCAGUGGCCGUGGGGCACAGCCAAGUUUUCCUCAAGGCAGGCGUGGUCUCCAGGCUGGAGAGGCAGCGGGAGAAGCUGGUGUCCCGGAAUAUCGUUCUCUUCCAAGCAGCCUGUAGGGGCUUUCUGUCUCGCCAGGAAUACAAGAAACUGAAGAUCCGUAGGCUGGCUGCACUGUGCAUCCAGAGGAACCUGACUGUAUUCCUGAGGGUCAAGGACUGGCCCUGGUGGGGGCUUCUGGCAUCUCUCCGGCCCCUGCUGAGUUCCACGCUCAGCACGGAGCAGCUUCGAGCCAAGGAGGAGGAGCUGAUGCUGCUGAGACAGAAACUACAGAAGUCAGAGAAUUCGAGGAGUGAGCUCAGACAGAGUGUGGACCUGCUGGAGAGCAAGAUCACAGACUUGACCUCAGAGCUUGCUGACGAAUGCUUCAAAGGAGAUGUGGCCUGCCAGGCACUGGAGAGUGAGCGGGCAGAGCGGCUUCAGGCCUUCCGCGAGGUACAGGAGCUCAAGGCUAAGUAUCAGCAAGUGCAAGAUGCAUUGGAGGAGGUGCAGAAGCAGCUGGAGGACUCACAGCAGAGGAUCCAGCUAGUGGCUGACCUGGAGGAGAAGCCCGCGGCGGGAGCGGAUGAGUGGCAGAUGCGUUUGGACUGUGCUCAGAUGGAGAAUGAUUUCCUACGCAAGCGUCUUCAGCAGUGCGAGGAGAGGUUGGAUUCAGAGAUGAAAGCCCGGACAGAGCUGGAACAGAAGCUUGGGGAGCUGCAGAGUGCUUUUGAAGAGGCCAAGAAGACGGCUCACCAACUGAAGAGGAAGUGUCACCACCUCACCUGGGACCUGGAGGACACGCGGGUACUGCUGGAGCACCAGCAGAGCAGGAACCAUGAGCUGGAGAAGAGACAGAAGAAGUUUGACUUGCAGCUGGCCAAGGCACUGGGGGAAUCGAUGUUUGAGAAGAGCCUUAGGGAGAAAGUGAGUCGGGAGAACAGUGGAGUCCGCUGGGAGCUGGGUCAGCUCCAGCAGCAGCUGGAGCAAAAAGAUCAGGAAGCCUCGAAGCUGAAGGAGGAGGUGGAAAGGCUACAGGGCCAGAAACAGGAGCUGCUGGGCUGUGCCUCUGUGGGGGCUCAAGGUGUGGCCAGCCUGAAAGAGAGGGUCUGGGAACUGGAGUCCAAUGCCCUUGAGCAAGAGAAAAUCCACAGCCAGCAGGAAAAUACCAUCAAACAGCUGGAGCAGCUUCGCCAGCGGUUUGAGUUGGAGAUUGAGAGGAUGAGGCAGAUGCAUCAGAAGGACCGUGAGGACCGGGAGGAAGAGCUGGAGGAUGUGCGUCAAUCCUGCCAGAAGCGGCUUCGUCAGCUGGAGAUGCAGUUGGAGCAGGAAUACGAAGAGAAACAGGUAGCUCUCCAUGAGAAGCAUGACCUGGAAGGCUUGAUUGGAACCCUGUGUGACCAGAUUGGCCACCGUGACUUUGAUGUAGAGAAGCGUCUCCGAAGGGACCUCAGGAGGACACAUGCUCUGUUGUCUGAUGUUCAGCUCCUUCUGGCCACUAUUGAAGACAGCAAGACAUCAAUCAGCAAGGAAGAGCUGGAGAAGGUGCACAGCCAGCUGGAGCAGAGUGAGGCCAAGUGUGAGGACGCAUUGAAGACCCAGAAGGUGCUGACCGCAGACCUGGAGAACAUGCACAGUGAACUGGAGAACGUGUCCCGGAGCAAGAGCCUGGUGGAUGAGCAGCUGUUCAUACUGCAGUUUGAGAGAGCAGACCUCCUGAAGCGUAUCGACGAAGACCAGGAAGACCUGAACGGCCUCAUGCAGAAGCACAAGGACCUCAUUGCACAGUCAGCUGCUGACAUCGGGCACAUUCAGGAGCUGCAGCUGCAGCUGGAAGAAGCCAAGAAGGAGAAACAGAAGCUGUGCGAGCAGCUGCAGGUGGCUCAGCUUCGCAUCCAGUACCUGGAGCAGUCCACUGUGGAGCGUGCCAUCGUCAGCAGGCAGGAAGCCAUCAUUUGUGACCUGGAGAACAGGGCUGAGUUCCAGAAGAUACAGAUGAAAAGAUUUGAGGUGCUGGUCAUCCGGCUUCGAGAAGGUAUGAUCAAGAUGGGCGAAGAGCUGUCUCGAGCCGUCAAGGCAGAGGCCCAGCAGCGGGAAAACAGCCAAUAUUACCAGCGGCGCCUGGAGGAGCUGAAGGCGGAGAUGCAGGAGCUGGCCCAGAGGGAGGAGGAAGCUAGCCUGCGCUGCAUGGAACUGGAGAAGUAUGUGGAGGAGCUGGCAGCUGUGAGGCAAACGCUGCAGACAGACCUGGAGACGUCCAUCCGACGCAUCGCAGACCUGCAGGCAGCCUUGGAAGAGGUGGUGUCAAGUGACAGUGACACAGAAAGUGUCCAGACAGCAGUGGACUGUAGCAGUCGCAGCGGGAAAGAGGGGGACAAUGUCUCUGUCACCAGCUCCCAGCCAGAGGGCAGUCUGCAGUCCUGGAUAAGCUGUUCCCUGUCCCUAGCCACGGACUCAGUGAGGAUCCCCUCUCAACAGUCAGCAGUCAGCAACUCUCUCCACAGUCCCAGGGUAAGUGGAGAAGCUGGAGAUUCUGAGAGGCUGAGAGCAGCAUCGUCUGCAUUGAGUGGAGCCUGGGCUGCUCCCAGAGACACCUCGAGGACUGCUUCUGCGUCUCUCCACCCGGCCUUCCCACAAAAGCCCUACCAUUUGGGGGAUGGGGAAGGCUUUGCUGUCCACAGAAAAGGCACCCCAGAACGGCCAGGUUCCCUGUCUUCAUCUCCCCCUCCCCAGGGCACCACUGUGUCACCCCCGCCCAGAGACAAGCUGCCCAGCCCGUCAGCAGCCCUGUCAGAGUUUGUGGAAGAGCUUCGCAGGAAGAGAGCCCAGAGAGGCCAGGGUUCCACGCUGCAUCUGGGGGAUGGACCCACGCUCCCCAUCUUCCAGACCACCAGGGCUUCCUCACUUAGGAGGGGCAGAGCCGGCAGUGAUGAGGGAAACCUCUCACGGAGGACCAGGGUAAAAUCUCCUCUGGGAGCAGAGGGGAACCCCGGGGCCGCAGCCGGUCUCUCCCGGUCCACCAGUCUCAAGUGCAUCUCCUCAGAGGGCACCGAGAGCAUCACCCUGCUGCCCGAGAAGCAGAAGACACACUUUGGCUCCUGCGAGUCCCUCUUAGAAUCAGGACCCAGCACGAGGAGAAAGCUGAGCUCCCCCACGGGACUCCUGUCGCCUACACUUCGUCCCAGGCGGCGGUGUCUGGAAUCCUCCGUGGAUGACGCCGGCUGCGUAGACCUUGGGAAGGAACCACUGGUCUUCCAGAACCGACAGUUCUCUCACCUGAUGGAAGGAACUCUGGACAGCGACCCGUUCAGCUGGAAGCUUCCAAGCCUCAGCUACAGACGCCAGACCAAAGUGGACUUUGAUGAUUUCCUCCCGGCCAUCAGGAAGAAUGAUGCUCCUUCGUCCUCCGGGGCUGCCAGAGAUGGGAAGGAGGCUUCGAAGCAUCCGGGCGUCCGCUUUGAGAUGGGAGAGGACGACCACUCUUUUCUCUCGGGGAUCAAAACCAUCUUGAAGAAAAACCCAGAGUCCAAGGAGGACCCUGCUCACCUCUCCGACUCCGACUCCUCCUCCAGCUCCAUCGUGUCCUUCAAAAGUACAGACGGCGGUGGCGUCAGAAGUGGUCCAAGAGUCCCCAGACUCCAAGGUGACGGCGGGGAGCGGAUGUCUCCCGAGCACAGAGAACCUGGCUCUGCCAGGAGAGAAGAUGAUGUCGAAAGCAUAAUGAGGAAGUACCUCCAACAGUAGAGACUGGUGCAGCCUCCCCAGAUGCAGCUGCCAUCAAAGACUCCCUGCUCCACAGCACUGGAGAGAAAGAGAGACACCCAGGCUCUUGGGGCCUGCUGUCCAGAGCCAGACCACAUGGCCACCCUCAAGACACGGGAUGGGCCCAGAGAGACAUGUUCUAGCAGGUCCCCAGGCUAUGCCAAUGCUUGGUCUGCAUUAAAUAAAGUUGCC